CUUCCAGAAUUAAAAUCGUCUGAUUUCUACUACCAAGGAAAAAACGGAAAAACAAAUAGUCUGAUUCUUCUUCUUCUUUUCUACGCCGGGAAACAGCGCCGCUGCUGCCGUCGACUUUCAGAAAUGGAUGUAGAUGAGGACAAUUCGGUUUCAACUUCAGUCGCAGAGGUUCCAGUUAAUGGUGACAAUCAGACCGGGGUUUCUGAUGUUGGUGGUUCUUUGCUCAUUCCAGGUUCCGCUUUUGUUCCCCCUGCAAUCCCGCCGCCUCCAGUGCUACCGACUAUUGCUCCAAUUCCUGUUCCAAUCCCUCGACCUUUGGCACCCAUCCCUGUUCCUCCUCCUCCUGUGCUUAGGGCCCCAGUUGCUCAAAAUGGAGAGGCAAUGGUCAGCGAUUCUGAUUCGGAGGAUGAAUCAGGGCCUACACGAGAUGCAGGGUCUUCCGCUGAUUAUGAGAUUUCAGAGGAAAGUAAAUUGGCCAGAGAGCGGCACGAGAAAGCAGUGCAAGAGCUUCUUAAUAGGAGACGGGCCGCUGCUCUUGCUGUGCCUACGAACGACUUAUCAGUGCGAACCCGUCUGCGUCGACUUGGUGAGCCCAUUACGCUCUUUGGAGAGCGGGAAAUGGAAAGGCGAGAACGGUUGCGAAACCUUAUGGUGAGCCUCGAUUCUGAAGGCCAGUUGGAGAAGCUGAUGAAGGCUCACGAGGACGAAGAAGCUGGUCCUCCUUCCGCCCUGUCCGAGGGACCUGAGGAAGAAAUUCAGUACCCCUUCUACACUGAAGGAUCGAAUGCGCUUCGUGAGGCUCGAUUAGAUAUUGCAAGGUAUUCCAUUGUCAAGGCCGCUUUACGUGUGCACCGCGCUAAGAGAAGGAGAGAUGAUCCGGAUGAAGACUUGGAUGCAGAGGUAGAUUGGGCAUUGAAACAGGCCAGCAGCUUGACCCUUGAUUUCAGUGAAUUUGGAGAUGAUAGGCCUCUUUCUGGAUGUUCAUUUGCACACGAUGGAAGUAUGCUUGCCACCUGUUCUCUGAGCGGAGUUGCAAGGAUAUGGAGCAUGCCGAAGCCAAACAGAAUUGCCGCGUUAAAGGGUCACACGGAGCGAGCUACAGAUGUUGCAUUUUCUCCCACAGGGGACCAACUUGCAACGGCCUCUGCUGAUAGGACAGCAAGACUGUGGAACAAAGAAGGAGCUCUCUUGAACACAUACCAGGGUCAUUUAGAUCGUCUUGCUCGUAUUGCAUUUCAUCCAUCAGGCAAAUACUUGGGGACAACUAGCUUUGACAAGACUUGGAGGCUAUGGCAUGUUGAGACAGGUGUGGAGUUACUUCUCCAAGAAGGACACAGUAGAAGUGUGUAUGGAAUAGCUUUCCAAAGUGACGGUGCCUUGGUAGCAUCAUGUGGACUCGAUGCGCUAGUUAGAGUAUGGGACUUGAGAUCUGGGAGAAGUAUUCUUGCCUUUGAAGGCCAUGUUAAGCCGGUAUAUGGUGUCAGUUUCUCCCCCAACGGCUAUCAUUUGGCUUCUGGUGGUGAAGAUAAUACUUGCCGUAUCUGGGAUUUAAGAAAGAAAAAAUCACUUUACGUAAUACCAGCUCACUCAAAUCUUAUAUCUCAAGUAAAAUUCGAACCUCAAGAAGGCUAUUUCUUGGUUACUGGUUCAUAUGAUACAACAGCCAAGGUGUGGUCAUCAAAAGAUUUUAAGCCAGUCAAGACAUUAUCUGGGCAUGAAGGGAAAGUCACAUCACUGGAUAUUGUAGGAGAUGGUCAGUGUAUUGCAACUGUCUCACAUGAUCGUACCAUCAAGUUGUGGUCUGCUAGCAGCGAUGGAGAAGAUGAUAAGCAGCUAAUGGAUGUCGACUGACCUAGCUACCCUUCGCAUUGAUGCAAUUUUUCAAGGGCACUGUGUUGUCAUCGAGUUAAAACCAGGUUCCCUGGGCUGUGGUGAGGCAAAAUAUUUGCCGAUGGAAGCAUUAUCACAUUGAUGAACAAUGGUGGCCUAGUCGGCAAAGAGAAAAGAGUUCUGGCAGAAGGUAGAAGUUGUAUGGAGUAAAAGCCUGUAAAAGGAAACGGAGGCAAAAAACAAAAAGAGCUAUUUUGAUUCCUACCACUACUCAUAUUUUGGAAAUGUGGUAAUAUUUUUUCAGUCAGUAGUCUCCCAUUCGGUUCCAGAGUCAGUUUUUAACAAUUUCCAUGACUGAAAUGCUCUUCCCACACUGGUAGUAGCCACAGGCAAAACAAGGGGGGGAGCUUUAUAAGUUUUUAUAUACCAAUGGAAAGUAAGUUCCUUCCAACAUUUUCUAUUGCCUUCAAAUCAGCAGAAGCUUUACUAGACAAAGCCAAGUUGAUUAGCUAGUGCCAAACUUUCAAUAUAUGCUGAAAAUCAGAUGUACAAGCUCAGCAAAAUGAAGCUACUUUUGCUUGUCAAAAGCACGUAACAGAUUUUCUAGACAAGCCAUAGAAAGAAGUAAUUUGGCAUUUUCUCAUGUGAAACGAUCAUUAAGUUCUUGUUGCGUAUCCUUAACUUCAUUAAAUAAACUUAACUCGUAGUGGUGC